UGUUUCAAAACACACUGCGCAGACAUUUUACAAACUUUUAUUUUAAAACUAGAACAUAUUGAACGUAUUCUUUUUCAAAUAAAAAUGAACACUAAACUACUCUCAUUUUUAUUACUAGCCAGUAUGUGCUUAGUAAAAUGUGAUCAUUUAAUCUUGGGAGAUCCUAACAAUAAACAAUUGAUUUAUCAUAUUGUAGCAGAGUAUAGUGCUUACCCGUUUUUGAAGAGAACUAAAGACGUGUUCUACAGUAACCCAGAGCAAAGGAUAAUUAGCACAAUACUGGCCUACGAUAAUCUCCAGUCAAAAGCGACGGCUACGGUGACCGCUGGUGGCGUCGGAUACUCUUUCGUCAACAUUCGAAUGGACAGUGAAAGAGGGAAAGGACUAGAAUAUGAUAUAGGAAUAUAUUCUUAG